AUGGACGUGUGGAGCCCGGCCCGCGUCCGUGGACAGGGUCACGAGCGCUACUUCCUGCUGGUGGUUGACGACUACUCGCGUUACACCACAGUCUUCCCCUUGCGCAGCAAGGGUGAUGUCACUGAGGUGCUGAUCGACUGGAUCCGCGCAGCUCGUCUCCAGCUCAGGCAGAGCUUCGGCUCGGACUUUCCUGUUCUGCGUCUGCACUCUGACAGAGGUGGAGAGUUCUCCUCUGGCCUUCUGCGAGCCUACUGUUGUGCACGAGGCAUCCGCCAGACCUUCACGCUUCCGGACUCUCCACAGCAAAAUGGGAUUGCUGAGCGCCGCAUUGGCAUGGUCAUGGACGUCGCCCGUACGUCCAUGAUGCAUGCGGCUGCCCCCCAUUUUCUGUGGCCGUUUGCGGUUCGGUACACGGCGCAUCAGAUCAACCUUCACCCCAGGGUCUCCAUGCCGGAGACCUCCCCAGCUUUGCUGUGGACGGGGAAGGUUGGCGAUGCGUCUGCGUUCCGUGUCUGGGGAUCUCGGGCGUUUGUCCGCGACUUGUCUGCGGACAAGCUGUCCCCUCGUGCUGAUCCUUGCGUCUUCCUUGGCUUCCCCCCUGACGCGCCAGGGUGGCAGUUCUACCACCCCACCUCUCGCCGUGUUCUGUCCUCCCAGGACGUCACGUUUGACGAGUCGGUCCCCUACUACCGCCUCUUCCCCUACCGCACUCCGUCCCUCCCCCCGCCACCGCUCUUCCUUGUGCCAGGUCCCCCCCCGGUAGACCCCCUCCCCCCUCAGGGUCCUGCCCCUUCAGGUGUGUCCCAGGUAGACACCGUCGAGCCUGUCGAGGUUACUGGUGACUCUGGUGCUGCUGAGGGUGCUGAGCCUGGGGGUGCUGACUCUGGGGGUGCUGAGCGUGUGGGUGCUACGCCUGGGGGUGCUGAGCCUGAGGGUGCUACUCCUGGGGGUGCUGAGCCUGGGGGUGCUGGGCCUGGGGGUGCUACUACUGGGGGUGCUGAGCCUGGGGCCUGA